AUGGACUCCCCUAAGAUCACAGCUCUCCUUCUGAUCUUCAUGGUUUUCAUCUCCUCAGUCACUCCCAUCCUUGGUUGUGGGUCUUGCUCCAAGCCCCCUCCCAAGCACAAGAAACCCAUAGUAAAACCCCCAGUGGUCAAGCCUCCAAGCACUCUUCCUCCAGUGACAAUCCCACCGGUGACAGUCCCACCAGUGACUCUCCCUCCAAUCUUGAACCCACCAGUGAUAGUUCCUCCCAUCGGUGGAGGCGGAGGAACACCGGCUUGCCCGCCACCACCUGCCCCCACAAUGAAAACAUGCCCAAUUGACACUCUCAAGCUGGGAGCAUGUGUGGAUCUUCUUGGUGGGUUGGUGCAUAUUGGUCUGGGAGACCCAGCUGUGAAUAAAUGUUGCCCUUUGCUUCAAGGGCUUGUUGAACUGGAAGCUGCUGUGUGCUUGUGCACUACUCUCAAGCUCAAGCUACUCAAUCUCAAUCUCUAUGUCCCAAUAGCUCUUCAGCUCCUCAUUACUUGUGGGAAAACACCUCCUCCUGGUUUCACCUGCUCUCUCUAA